GGCGACGUAAGGUAUGAAAAAGACCAAAAGGAUUUGCGGUCACUGAUUGCUAUUUAAGGGUGUGGAAUACGAAUGGGUUAUUUGUCAAUUUCCGUUUCUUCGCGUGCAUCAUCCGUUGGACUCACACCUGUGCAUCGUUCUUCCUACAUUCCGGUCGUCCAGUCGUUGGUUCUCGCCAAAAGGCUCAAAACCCCUAUUUGCUGGCUAAGAACGAAAGCAGUUUCCUUAUCAGCCAGAGAUCCGAUCAGAUUCAGGUCUGCCAUGGCAGGAACGGCGACGACCGAGAAAGGGAAAGGGGACUUGCAGGUGUUCGAAAGUGAGGAAGAUUUGUCAGUUUCUCUAGCUAAAUAUACCGCUGAUUUAUCAGAAAAGUUCAUCCGAGAAAGAGGGGCUUUUACUGUGGUUUUAUCCGGAGGUUCCUUGAUUCAAUCUCUUAGGAAAUUGCUGGAAUCUCCUUAUCUUGAGUCUGUCGAUUGGACGAAGUGGCAUGUUUCUUGGGUGGAUGAGAGGGUCGUGCCCAAGAAUCAUGAAGACAGUAACUAUAAGCUCGCCUAUGACGGUUUUCUAUCAAAGGUACAUAAAAAAAGGAAAAAAGAGAAUGCAAGAGUUUCUGCUUUGCACUGCAUUAGAAAUUACAUUUUUUGUACUUCUAUAUCGCAGGUCCCCAUUCCUCCUGGUAAUAUCUAUGCUAUCAAUGAUACACUCACUGCUGAGGGUGCUGCUGAUGAUUACGAGGCCUGUCUUAAGCAGUUAGUCAAUAACAAGGUAGUUGAUCUGUCAGCAGCUAGUGGCUUUCCUAAAUUUGAUCUCAUGCUUUUGGGCAUGGGUCCGGAUGGUCAUGUGGCGUCUCUAUUCCCCGGGCAUCCUCUCGUCAAUGAGAAUAAACGAUGGGUAACCUUCAUCAAGGACUCUCCAAAGCCACCUCCAGAGAGAAUAACUUAUACUUUUCCAGUAAUCAACUCGUCUGCAAGCAUCGCCCUUGUUGUAUGUGGAUCUGGUAAAGCUGAUGCUGUGCAUAGAGCGCUUGGGAAUCAGGAAAAUUCUGAUUUGCUGCCUGUUCAAAUUGUUUCACCUGAAGGGAAGCUAACCUGGUUCCUGGACAAGCCUGCAGCUUCUAAACUGUAGGAACAUUCAUGUUAAUAGUAGUGCGGGUUUGGCAAGAUAUUCAAUAAAUUAUCUCUCAUAUGCCAUAUCCAUCUUGAACUGGAUGGAUUUGUUUAGAGAUUAUGUGGUAAUAAGAUGUUUUCUUUGUAACUUAUGAAUAUUGCGGACUUAAUUUAGCCAUGAGUGCAGUGAAGAAGGUUUUGGUUUACUGGAUUCA